UGCAGCUGGUCAUGUCUGAGACCCUCUUGCAAAACUCUGACCAGUGGGAAAAUUAGAUAAGGAUCUUUAUGAGGGGUUUUCUGUGCUACAGGUAUUGUUUCUUUAUGAGGGGUUAUCUAUGUUAUAGGCAUUGUUUCUUCACCUUGGUGGGGUAAUGCCUUGGUAUGCAAGAGUCAAACACUGGUUAUUAUGAUGUUUCACUUCAAGAUAGCAUUACUCUUGUCAUGCAACAGGCUGCUUUCCUACACAUAGCUAUAAAUGGCUAAUGGCUUCCAUAUUGGAUAGUAGAUAUAGAACAUAACUUGAAGUCGUCUCUUCCAGUCAUUGGCCGUCGUAACAUUCUUCAAAGUCUGGCUCAACUGUAACAUCUUCUGAUUAACACCUUUGUGGUCAGAGUCAUCUGACAUAAACAUCUUCAACUUCUCCCGUCUCUCUUGCACUCACCCUCCACUUUCCUCGUAUUCAGGAACAAAUCACUUCCUUCUUUUCUGAGACAAACAACUUCACCAGCCCAUCUGGUCUCAUUUCCUCCCCAUCAGCUGUAUUUCUUUUCUUCCAUCUUCAAUUUCUUGUGCCUACUAAACUUUACCUUUUCUUUUCUACAAAUUAGCUCUCCACUACCCUUGAAAAUAAGAAUACUUUAAAUCCGGUUGCUUAGUUCAACCAAUAUCCUUUUUCCUUUCUUGCAGUAUCACAAUUCUCAAACGAGAUUAUUGUCUAUUUUCAGUCUUACCAACUCUUCUGAACCACCGGAAAGGACAGUCCACAGGUAACAUCUCUCUCUCUUGCCCUCCUCUGUCAUUCCCCCUAAUUCCACCAUCAGCUUAGUUCUCACCCUUUUUCGGCUCUCUGCAGCAUCUGCUAGUCACCUGUUCCCUCUCCUGAAACACUGUUGCUUUUAUGAUGUUUGAACCAUCUGGGCGCUCUCUAAGUAGCUCCUCUUCUCGAUCUCCUUUUCCUCCCCAUUCCAAAAUGUUGGUGUUUCACAAUCCCGUUUAUUUUCCAAAAGACCUCCCUUGGCGAUGUCAUCCCUUGCCCUAUUUUCAAUCAUACUUUCACAGAUUGUUAUAUUUUGCUAAAUUCAUGUGUCACCUGCAUUCUUUCAUCUCUUUUGUCCUUUAAUCCACUCUAUACGGUACAGACACCGCCCUGAACACUGUUCCAGCCACGUUAUAUGUGAAUACCCUGCACUGAUGAUUCAAUGCAUUUCUAACACCUGAGCCUGGUAUUUGACACUCUCCACAACCUAACUCACUCUAACCAACCCCUUAGCCUAGUUUCUGGCCAGCUAAGAUGCUGGGCCAAUUCUGAGCGUGCCCUGAACCCCGCCCCGCUGUGCCCUGGCUCCUGCCGCUUCCUACGCGGGAAACCUGUGGCGCUCCUCCGCCUCCUGUGUCAGCAUCCAGCACGCGGCCAGGCGCAGCUCGAGGGCAGAGUCCACCAGGAAAUUUUUACAGCUUCUCCUGCCCCCCACCCCGACCCCUCCGCAGCACCUGGCGUCCUCGGCAUUCCUGGGCAGGACCCGUCCCCACCCGAGCCCUCCCACAGCUCCUAGGACUGUCGUCUUCGCAGUCAGCACGUCCGCGCGCGUCAACCGUUUGGACUCUGCGAUGCCCCUGCCAGGUCUGAGCCGGACCCGCCCCGCUCCUGCGAGACACGACCCGCGCCUGCCACAGAGCUGCGGUCCUCCGGGCUCCUAGAGGGGCGCCCCCCCCCCCCCCGCCCGCCCUACUUCCGGCGCGCAUGCGGCCGGGAGUUGUUCUCUCUCCCGGGGGUGGGUGCCCGCCGCCGGUAGAGCGAAGGGAGCGUCCUGGGGAGUUGGAAUUCAGAAGGAAUCUCUCAGACGCAAAUCUCCAUCUCCUCCCUGCCUCACCUGGGCAGUCUUUUCAGACUGUCUCUGCCCAGAAUGUCAGGAGAGGCCACAGUCUUGGCCUACCAUGCUCCAGAAGAACAGGAAGGACUUCUAGUUGUCAAGGUUGAAGAAGAAAAUUAUGUUUUGGGCCAGGACUUUGGCCUUCAGGGAAACCCCUGGAGCCAAGAGGUAUUCCGGCAGAAGUUCAGGCAGUUUAGUUACUCUGACUCCACUGGCCCUCGGGAGGCUCUGAGCCGGCUGCGAGAGCUUUGCUGUCAGUGGUUGAGGCCGGAGGUGCACUCCAAGGAGCAGAUCCUGGAGCUGCUGAUGUUGGAGCAGUUCCUGGCCAUCCUUCCUGAGGAGCUGCAAACUUGGCUGCGAGAGCAUCGGCCAGAGAAUGGAGAGGAAGCCGUGACUAUGCUGGAGGAGCUGGAAAAAGAACUGGAGGAGCCAAGGCAGCAGGACACAACUCAUGGCCAAGAAAUGUUCUGGCAGGAAAUGACAUCCACAGGAGCACUGAAGUCUCUGAAUAGCCCGGUGCAACCCUUAGAGAACCAGUGCAAGACUGAGACUCAGGAGUCCCAGGCUUUCCAGGAGAGAGAUGGCAAGAUGGUGGCUGGCAAAGUGUUGAUGGCGAAGCAAGAAAUUGUUGAAUGUGUAGCCUCAGCAGCUAUGAUAUCUCCAGGAAAACUUCCUGGAGAAACACCUUCCAAACAGAUAGCUGAAGAAGCUUUGGGAGGUCUGGACAACUCUAAGAAGCAAAAGGGAAAUGCUGCAGGGAACAAAAUCAGUCAGCUUCCUUCCCAGGACAGACAUUUCAGUCUGGUAACCUUCAACAGAAGAAUCCCCACAGAACACAGUGUACUUGAAUCUCAUGAGAGUGAAGCAAGUUUCAGUAUGAAUUCAAAUGAUAUUACACAACAGAGAGUUCACACUGGGGAAAAGCUCUAUGAGUGCUUUGACUGUGGGAAGACCUUUUGCCAGAGCUCAAAGCUGAUUAGACAUCAGAGAAUUCAUACUGGAGAGAGACCUUAUGCAUGUAAAGAAUGUGGCAAAGCCUUCAGUUUGAGCUCAGACCUUGUUAGACAUCAGAGAAUUCAUAGUGGUGAAAAACCCUAUGAAUGUUGUGAAUGUGGAAAAGCCUUCAGGGGCAGUUCAGAGCUCAUCAGGCAUCGGAGAAUCCACACUGGAGAGAAGCCUUAUGAAUGCGGAGAAUGUGGGAAAGCCUUCAGCCGGAGCUCAGCCCUUAUUCAGCAUAAGAAAAUUCACACUGGAGAUAAAGGCUAUGAAUGUAUUGCGUGUGGUAAGGCUUUUGGUAGGAGUUCUAUCCUUAUUGAACAUCAAAGAAUUCACACUGGAGAGAAACCUUAUGAAUGUAAUGAAUGUGGAAAAUCCUUCAAUCAGAGCUCAGCCCUCACCCAGCACCAGAGAAUUCACACUGGAGAGAAGCCUUAUGAAUGUAGUGAAUGUAGAAAAACAUUUAGGCAUAGGUCAGGCCUUAUGCAGCAUCAGAGAACACACACCAGAGUUUAACUCUGUGGGUAAGAGUUGUACAAUUGUGAAAUGCAAGGAGUUCACUGUAGGGGUGAGACUCCACAGAAAAGAAAAGUUUCCUGAGAGCAGAACUUCUGUCCUUCCAACCCAGUUCGGUACUAUAAGAAGACAUCCACACAAAGAUGUUUGUUAUGAUUAUUGAAGUGUUAAAUGGAAGAAAAAUUUUACCCAAGUCUUCUCCAAAAAGAAUGGUAGAUAUUUCCUUGAAAUGCCUAACCCUUUUCUGGAUGAGACUCAUCAAUAUCCCUGUCACUCCACUCCCUGCCAACUCAGAUAUAAUUUCCAUUGGGCACCUUCACAGUAAUGCCAGGAUUGGGGCAGAGAUCCUGAAAGAGCUUCUUAUAAGAUGGCAAAUGUGCCUGGCAAGAGCAUUUGUAUUUUGGCAGGUGGAGGCAUGUGCUGAGAGUUAUUGAACUAUCUGAAAUGUUGAAUUGAGAGGUAGUGAAAAUAUUGAAUUAUGCUAUUAGUUUAAUAAUAUCUGGGGCAGUAAAAUAGUACCUGAGGAAUGGUGCCUCAUUCUGUCCCCUUGCCAGUUGUCUCCUCAAUCCUGAGCUUCCUGCUGAGGUUAAUUCAGGUCUACUUGUUUACUGAGCACCUGCUAUGUGCUAGGCGUUGAGGUAGACAUGGUCAUUGCCCUCCCAGAGUUAAGGACUAAUAGGAUAUGCAUAUAUACUAAACAGUAAUUACAGUAAAGUGUGGUAAGUACUUUGGUAGGAAAAAUGCGGGUUUCCACCAAAGUACAUGGCAGGGAUACCUAAAUCUGGUCUAUGAGUCACUAAAGACUUCCUGGAUAUGAUAGUAUCUCAGACGUAAAGGUGGGUAGAAGGCAGCAAGGGCAGGGGAGAAGAGAACAGGAUCUGGAGACACUCCAUCAAGACUCUUCUCUACUGCACAAAUUGUCAUAGACCUAAUUUUAAAAAAAAUGAAUCUGAGGGAGUAAUUCAACAAAUAUUUAUUGCCCUCAAGUAUAACAGCUCAGGGUCUGCAAGCCUGGUAAGGAGGGGUGUGGGCAGGGAAUGGGGAAUAGCAGAGCCUGGAAAGGCAGAUCACUGUGUUCCUUUAUGCUUCCCACUUCCUGAGUCCCAGAGUCAUGGGACACAAACACUCCAGUCCCCACUGUCUCUCUAGCCUCUGAUAUGCAUUCUUUCCCUGUGUGUAUACAUGCCUUUUCCCAUAAAAUGCACCAGAGUCUCUCACCACAUUAAUUCUGAGCACUUCAGAGUCUCACAGGUCACUCUGGGUCUAGAAUAGGCUCCCCAACUCAGUGAUUAUAAGUAGGAAGAGGAAAACCAACACAUGGGGAUUCUGAGCCAGGCUUUAUGACAACUAAUUCCUGCUGGAGAGAAGAGUCCUGAUGAUGGGCUGUCUCCAGAUCCUAUCUUAUCUUCAUGCCAUUUUAUGGGCUAUAACCUCUGCCUGUAACGCUGCUAAUUUUUAUUUUGGCAGUUUUAAUUAACCCACAAUUGCUGAGGGCAAUUAAUACCUAAGAGAAAGUUUGAUUCCUCUUCUAAGAUAUCCUUCUAGAUAGUGUCAUUUCUAAAGACGACUUGGUGAUCACUGCUUGUAUUAGUCCAUUUUCACAGUGCUAAAAAGAUUCUACCUGAGACUGGGUAAUUUAUUUAAAAAAAAGAGGUUUAAUUGACUCACAGUUCUGCAGGGCUGGGGAGGCCUCAGGAAACUUAAAUCAUGGUGGAAGGCGAAGGGGAAGCAAGCAUCUUCUUCACAAGAAAUGCCAGGCACUUAUCAAUCAUCCAGAUCUCAUGAGAACUCACUAUCAUGAGAACAGCAAGGGGGAAAUCUGCUCCCAUGAUCUAAUCCCCUCCCACCAAGACCCUCCCUCAACACCUGGGGAUUACAAUUGGAGAUUUGGGUGGGGACACAGAGCCAAACCAUAUCACUGCUGUUGUGGGUAAUAGGGGAGGUGAAAUUGCGGGGGACAAUUCAGCCUCUUUGUGUCCAGAGGUUGUGCAGUUAUCGAGUGAGGUCAAUCAGAAUUCUAAAGGGAUCCUUCAAAUGGAUAGUGAGUUGCCUUUUCCUAUAGGUGACAGAGAUUUAGUUUUAAAUAUCAUUUAAUAGGUUUUUCUCCUGAUUGUGAAUUGUAAGUGUUGGUAAUACGGAAAAUGAGAAAGUAUAAACCACCCCCAAUCCCAUUGCCCAUAGAAACAUUGUUAACAUUUUGGAGUACUUUCUAUUAGUGUUUAUUUUUCCCAAUCCUAGUAUUUUUAGUAAAACUACUGUUUAGUAAAUGAUUUUUGGUAACUAAUUUCAAAAUUUAUACUUCAACCAUUUAUUAUUAGAGUGUAAUGCAAGAUGUAUUGCAAUAAAACUUGAGUUUUAAAAGUU